CUGAUAAUAAAUCGCUAAUGAAUGCAUGAUGAAUGUUGCUAGUGCGUUUCAUCUAGAACCUGCAGAUUGGAUUUAUUUUGCACAAGGCCAAGGAGCAACUCAGAAAAGAGCUAGUUAUUAGCAGUACUGUAUAUACACAAGAAUAAGCACACAGGAUCUAGGACGACUUGGGUUGAAUUUAUCCCUAAAUUGAGUCUACUGCGCAUGCCCAGUGUUUCCACUGAGAUGAGUACCACCAUUGAUGAUGUGAGGAAUAUGCUCAGGAAGUGGGACAAGGGCUCUACGUUGGUUCGUGAGUCCAUCCUACGAGGUGUGGUGCUUCAAUGUGAGGACAAGACUGGACCAGAGCUGGAGGAGCGGUUCUGCGACUGUGCAAGUCUGUUUCUGGCCAGACUCACUGCAUGGCUAAGGAUAUCGUACCUGAUGGGUACUUGUCUUGAUCUGCAGUUGAAGGCUAUCACCAUAUUCAUCUCAGCAACUAGUGGGCAACACUUCCUGACAGAGUUCCUAGAGGUAGGUGGCAUGUUGACAGUGUUGGAGAUAGUGGGACUGAUGACAGCACGCGAGCCGGCCAAGACCGAGUCCAUACGAUUGCUCUCCGCCAUCGCUAACAAGGGGCGGCAGUACAAGGAGCUGCUCUGUGAGAGUUAUGGUGUGAAGCUGAUAGCCGAGUGUCUGGCACUGUCCCAGUCAGAGGUGACUCAGGAAGAGGCCAGGCACCUCUUGCACCAGCUCUCAGCAGGCAAUCCUCGCUAUCAGAGCCAGGUGUACAAUGCUUUAGUGGCCCUCCUCUCCUCCGCAUCCAGUGAGGCCCAACGUAUGGCCGCCUACACUCUGCGACUGAUACAGCCAUCAAUGGGAGUGGCUUCUCCCACUAUAGUGGACCCUGUGCUGGAGCUGCUGCAGAGCCUGCAUCUAGAAGUGCAGUUUGAAGCCACUGAGUUAUUGAAGACCCUCGUCUCCUACGAGGAUGUGCAGCACUUGAUUCUCAUGCGUCUGGUGGGAAUUCUCAAGGCCAGUGAUGACAGACCAGUGCCAGCAGCCCUAGCUGAUGAUGAUGACAAAGCCAAGACUCAAGCCCCUCUCUCUGUGCACGUGCAGCAAGCUGGAGCAGCCAAAGUGGUGAGGGUGCUGGCAGACAAGAGCAAUGACUACGCUGGCAAAUUGAUUGAGAUGAGAGUGGUUCCACACUUGCUGUGUGCAAUGGGCAAUACUGCACACAAAGACUCACAGAGGCAGUCUUCAAUGGCUCUAAAAGUAUUUGUGGACAAAGUUGAUGCAGUCAGAGAACAAGUGCUGUCUGUAAUGGAGGAUGAUUUCUUUCAAAAGUUUAUAUGCAAUCCUGAGGAGCUCCAUAACAGCAUCUCCCCGGCACAAAUUGACGUUCUAGUGGCUUCACUCAACCAAGAGGCCCAAUAAUGAUUAUAAUUAUAAACGGCAUAAUUAUCACUCAUUUAUAUCCACUUUGUGUAAUCAAAAAAAGCAUAAUUUUUUUAUCUGUACAUGCAUGUAUGCCACUUUUACACACUUUUGUCAAUUCUAUAUAGUGUUAAUUACUGAA